CUCUGGUCCAAGCCAUCUUCAACCGCGAUGUAGAGGAGGUGCGGUCAUUGCUGAAUCAGAAGGAGAACAUUAAUGUAUUGGACCAAGAAAGACGAACGCCGCUGCAUGCUGCUGCCUACAUAGGAGAUGUUGCAAUCCUGGAGCUCCUAAUACUGUCAGGUGCUAACGUUAACGCGAAGGACACUGUUUGGCUCACCCCGUUACACCGCGCUGCAGCUUCUCGUAACGAGAAGGCACUUCACCUCCUCCUGAAGCACUCGGCAGAUGUCAAUGCCCGCGACAAGUACUGGCAAACGCCUCUGCACGUCGCCGCUGCCAACCGGGCCACCAAAUGCGUGGAGGCCAUCAUCCCCCUGCUGAGCACUGUCAACGUCGCAGACCGCACGGGCCGCACGGCACUGCACCACGCCGUGCACAGCGGCCACCUUGAGAUGGUGAACCUGCUGUUGAACAAAGGGGCCAGCCUGAGCACUUGCGACAAGAAGGACCGCCAGCCCAUCCACUGGGCAGCGUUUCUAGGGCAUUUGGAAGUUCUGAAGCUGCUGGUGGCCCGGGGAGCUGACGUGAUGUGUAAGGACAAAAAAGGCUACACCCUGCUGCACACCGCGGCAGCCAGCGGCCAGAUCGAAGUCGUGCGUCACCUGCUGAGGCUGGGGGUCGAGAUUGAUGAACCAAAUUCCUUCGGAAACACUGCACUUCACAUUGCCUGUUACAUGGGCCAAGAUGCCGUGGCCAACGAGCUGGUCAAUUACGGCGCCAACGUCAAUCAGCCUAACGAGAAGGGCUUCACCCCUCUGCACUUUGCUGCCGUCUCCACCAAUGGGGCCCUGUGCCUAGAGCUCCUCGUGAACAACGGGGCCGAUGUCAACUUUCAGAGUAAGGAAGGGAAGAGCCCUUUGCACAUGGCUGCCAUUCACGGACGGUUCACGCGUUCACAGAUCCUCAUUCAGAAUGGCAGUGAGAUUGACUGUGCUGACAAAUACGGCAAUACCCCCCUCCACGUUGCUGCUAGAUAUGGCCACGAGCUGCUAAUUAGUACUUUGAUGACGAAUGGUGCUGACACUGCAAGGCGUGGGAUCCACGACAUGUUCCCUCUGCACUUAGCUGUUCUCUUUGGAUUUUCAGACUGUUGUCGUAAGCUACUUUCCUCAGGUCAGUUGUACAGUAUCGUCUCCUCGCUGAGCAACGAGCACGUGCUGUCUGCAGGCUUCGAUAUCAACACCCCUGACAACCUCGGGAGGACUUGCCUCCACGCUGCUGCUUCUGGAGGGAACGUUGAAUGUCUUAAUUUGCUGUUGAGCAGCGGUGCUGACUUGAGGAGGAGAGAUAAGUUUGGAAGGACUCCACUGCACUACGCAGCUGCCAAUGGCAGCUAUCAGUGUACGGUGACACGGGUCACGGCAGGAGCCAGUAUUAACGAGGCUGACUGUAAAGGCUGUACCCCCUUACACUAUGCUGCUGCUUCGGACACGUACAGGCGAGCAGAGACUCAUUCAGGAAACAGCCAUGACACUGAUGAGGAGCCACUGAAGGAGUCCAGGCUGAAGGAGGCAUUCUUUUGUUUAGAGUUCUUGCUGGAUAAUGGUGCUGACCCAUCCCUCCGGGACAAGCAGGGAUAUACCGCUGUCCACUACGCAGCUGCGUACGGCAACAGGCAGAACCUCGAGCUGCUCCUGGAAAUGUCUUUUAACUGCCUGGAGGAUGUGGAAAGCACCAUUCCAGUCAGCCCUUUGCACUUAGCUGCCUAUAAUGGUCACUGUGAAGCCCUAAAGACACUUGCCGAAACCCUCGUGAACCUCGACGUGCGGGACCACAAGGGGCGGACAGCGCUGUACCUCGCGACGGAGAGAGGCUCCACGGAGUGCGUGGAGGUGCUCACCAGCCACGGCGCGUCCGCUCUGGUGAAGGAGAGGAAGAGGAAGUGGACCCCUCUCCACGCUGCAGCUGCCAACGGGAACACUGAUUCCCUGCACCUCCUGAUAGACAGCGGGGAGCGGGCAGACAUCACCGACGUCAUGGACAUCCACGGCCAAACCCCACUGAUGCUGGCGAUCAUGAAUGGCCACGUUGACUGUGUCCACCUCCUCCUGGAGAAGGGAUCCACAGCCGAUGCGGCGGACAAGAGGGGAAGGACUGCCCUGCACCGAGGGGCUGUGACGGGCUGUGAGGACUGCCUGGCCGCCCUGCUGGACCACGAUGCCUUCGUCCUGUGUCGGGAUUUCAAAGGCCGCACCCCGAUCCACUUUGCGUCGGCGUGCGGGCACUUAGAAAUCCUGAGGACCCUGCUGCAGGCAGCCCUCUCUACUGACCCUCUGGACUCUGUGGUGGACUACAGCGGUUACUCACCGAUGCACUGGGCUUCUUACAGUGGGCAUGAAGAUUGUCUUGAAUUGUUACUUGAACACAAUCCGUUUGCAUACCUAGAAGGAAACCCCUUUACUCCAUUGCACUGUGCAGUAAUUAACAACCAGGAUGGCACUGCUGAAAUGCUGGUGGAAGCAUUAGGUGCCAAGAUUGUUAAUAGCAGAGAUGCCAAAGGAAGGACACCCCUUCACGCUGCUGCCUUUGCAGACAACAUCCAUGGUUUACAGCUGCUUCUGCGCCACCAAGCCGAGGUGGACAUGACUGACAAGCUGGGGAGGACUCCCCUCAUGAUGGCUUCUGAGAACGGGCACACUGCAGCAGUCGAGUUCCUGCUGUACCAAGCAAAAGCAAAUAUAACUCUGCUGGAUGUCAACAAGAACACAGCUCUUCACCUGGCCUGCAGCAAGGGUCAUGAAAAGUGUGCCUUGUUGAUCCUGGGAGAAACCCAAGACCUUGGCCUUAUCAAUGCAAGUAACAGUGCUCUGCAGAUGUGA